CAUAUUUGCCACAGUCAAAUGCUACCUUUCAGAAACCAUCAAUGUUAAUUCUUUUAAUAAAUGUUUUCCAAAUGUUUUUGACCAUUAAAUUUAAGUCUUAUAAGCCAGAAUAACAUGUAUUAGAAUAUAUAUAUAUAAAAUGCAUGAACUAGUGUGCGUGUUAACUAGUAGGGUGGUCAAACUCUGUCGGGGGAGGAUUCACACACCAGCUUCAGUGUUAUCAGCAGAUAGUCUUAUUAGAUCAGAGUUUUAGCUGAACAGCUGAAGAAAAUGUUUCACGUGCUCCUUUUGUUCUGUUUGUGUUGUCUGAUUGGUGUGCUUGGUGGUUCAGUGUCAGUGACCGAAGGAGAUUCUGUCACUCUAUACACCGAUCUUACUGAAAUACAUGAAGACGACAGUAUUCUGUGGAAAUAUGGAGGUAAAAAGUACAUUAUUGCUGAAAUCAGUGCAAAAUAUAGACACUUCUUUACAUAUGAGGAUGUUCCCGAUGGGAGAUUCAGAGGCAGACUGAAGCUGGACAGUAAAACUGGAUCUCUGACCAUCACAAACAUCACAACUCAACAUGCUGGACUCUAUGAAGUAAAUGGAGCGAAAGGACCAUUAAAAACAUUCAGCGUUUCUGUCUAUGCUCGUCUGCCGGUUCCUGUCAUCAGCAGUAACUCUUCACAAUGUUCUUCAUCUUCAUCAUCACAGCAGAAUUGUUCAUUGUUGUGUUCAGUGGUGAAUGUGGGUCAUGUGACUCUCUCCUGGUACAAAGGAAACAGUUUAUUGUCCAGCAUCAGUGUGUCUGAUCUCAGCAUCAGUCUCUCUCUACCUCUGGAGGUGGAAUAUCAGGAUAAAAACACCUACAGCUGUGUGCUCAACAAUCCCAUCAGCAACCAGACGAGACACGCGGACAUCAAACAACUCUGUCACACAUGUGCAGGCCUGCUUUUACCUAACAUAUUGGUGAUCUCAGCUGCUGCCUCUGGUUUUCUGUUGAUUGUAGCUGCAGUCAUUGGGAUCUUCUGCAUCUGCAAGGAAAGUAGAAAAACAGUCCAGAGACAGAAGGAAGACAGAAGUGAUUCAGCAUUGCGUAAACCAAAAACACGACAAAAGAAAUCGAAGGAGGAGGCUGUGUAUGAAAAUGUUCCCAAAAAACGAUGAACAGGUCACUUUUGGUUCGGUUCGCAUUAGGAUGUAUCAGUUUGGUGUUCACUCUUUGUGUCGUAUCUUUUAGUGUUAUUGUGAUGGCAGAAAUUUUGUUUUCAUUUAGUGGUUUAUCAGUAGAGCAUACACAAAAUGUUCUAUUUUUAGUUUAUCAUAUGGAAAUGUACCUAGUGUUCAUUAUUAUGUAGGGUUUGAUACAUAAAUAUAAUUUUAAUUUAGCUCAAAGGGAAUCAUUUAUGAUUUUAUAGGUAACUUGAACAGAAUCACUGUUCUGCGGCUGAUCACUGAGUCGGCAGCGAUUCACUGAACGAGCCGUAUAACAUCAACUCUGCACUGGAUAUUAAAAUCCAAAAUAUAGUGAACACACUAUUAAUAAGCACAGUAACAAGAUUGGCAGAUUAAGACAUUAACUUGUAAGCACAAAACACAAGAUACUUCUCUUUUGAAUAUAAAUAAGACUUACUAAUUACCUAAGACAAACUAAUCUAACAUGAACACACGCAUUCACACAUUCACACGUUGCAGAAAGAGAGAAAGGAUGAGUUUAGAGAAUGAGAAUGUGAAAUCCCAAGUUUAUAGCAAUAUGUGCUAUUGCAUAGACCUGAACAAACCAUCAAUCACGUAAUUAACCCUCGCAUUGAGUUUCUCAAUGAGGCUAAAAUUUAUAUUAAAUGCACCAGUUCAGUUAGAAUCUGGAGUUGUUUUACUUGCGUUGCCUUGUGUUACAGGGAUUCCCUUCUGUCUUCGUCGUCGUUGCAGGAAAGGGUUUUCCCGAGUUGGUGAUUGGCUGGAAGUUCAGUAGUCUUUGAAGUGAUGUCUUGGGAAGCCAAUGGUUGGGCGUUGGCUGAGGAUGCGGAGUCAGUUGCUGGUUGAAGUUUGAAGCGGGUGCAGUCGGAGCUGGACUUUGCGGCAAACUUAACUUUUGAACACGAGACUCAACGGAAAGAAAAGAAACUAAAGUAAAAGAAUAAAAUGAGUAACGAGACUAGGUGGUUUUUCCUCUCAUCGUGGUGUUAAGUAGCAACUGGCCUGUAGGCCAGAGCACGCUCAAAGAGCGCUAAAACAGCGUCAAAACGCGGUGACGAGAAGAAGAAGAGGAGAAGGGAAGAAGGGGCAGAUUUGAUGGUGUCCUGAGGUUUUAAACUCGGCUUUUGGACACAUCCCAUCUGGUGUCUUGACCAAUUAGAUAGACUAUUAUCUUAGCUAGGGUUGUUCCUUCCAUGAUAAAUCAGCAUGUUAUCAGUCACAUGGUCUGAAUUUUACACACUCUUGCAAAGUAUAAUUUCGGAUGUGAUUUCUAUAACCAGAAUAUGAUACAUUUGACAAAGAAUCAGUUGGAAGAAACGUUUCAAGCUAGAAUUGUCAAGCUCAUACAUACCAAACACGAAUAAACCUUAAAGUCAUUCAAUAGUUAUUAAAAAGACACAUAAUAUGUGCUUAAAACAUGAUAAUCUAAUGUGUGGGUUACAUACAUAAUAUAGUGUUAUGCCUAGAAAUGUCCUUUUAGGAUGAUUUUACGUGCAUAUGAAAAAGAAAGUCUCUGUAUAGUUCUGUGGAGACCAAAAGACAUGUUCUUUGGACAAAGGAAUUUCAGUCUCAGCCUUUGUCUUGUAUGUGUGGGGGAAAAGUCAAUCUAAAGAAGCUUGUGAUUUCUCUUGUGGAACACAUGUGAUGGCCAUCUCUUUGACCAUUAAUCUUGACUAUUUACCCCAAAUUUGACGAUCUCCUUCCUGCGUUGGACUUAUCAAUAAAUGUUCUUUUGUCUUAAUGUUGCGAGCUGUUCUGUGAAAGAGGCUUGUUGGUUAGGCUUGCU